UAUCAGCUGAGCUGUCGUGAGUCUAAUUUUAAUACAGUACAGAAUAGUACAUACAUUACAUAGUUUUUUAUUAUUGUUGGAUAGCAAUUAGAAGAGAAAAUGGGAAAUGAAAGUUCAUUGCCGAUGGAGCUUUGCUCUAACUUUGAUGCUGAUGAAAUCAGAAGAUUAGGGAAGAGGUUUCGAAAAUUAGACUUGGAUAAUUCUGGAGCCUUGAGUAUAGAUGAGUUUAUGUCGUUACCUGAACUGCAGCAAAACCCACUUGUACAACGUGUUAUAGACAUCUUCGACGAGGAUGGUAACGGAGAAGUAGACUUUAAAGAAUUUAUCCAGGGUGUGUCACAGUUCAGUGUAAAAGGUGACAAGGAGUCCAAACUGAGGUUUGCCUUCCGGAUUUAUGACAUGGACAAUGAUGGCUUCAUUUCAAAUGGCGAAUUGUUCCAGGUGCUAAAAAUGAUGGUAGGCAAUAAUUUAAAGGACACACAGCUACAACAAAUUGUAGAUAAGACCAUCCUGUUUGCUGACAAGGAUGAAGACGGCAAAAUCAACUUUGAAGAGUUCUGUUCUGUGGUCGGAAACACAGAUAUUCACAAGAAGAUGGUCGUGGACGUGUAAACCUCCAGCUACCUGAUUCAGUAUUCACCUUAACGAGUGAUGUGUCGGUUCCUGAAGUCGGUUCUAUGUCCCACUGUUUCGUUGGUAUAAGAAUCCAGACAAAAUAUUGGUCCAAAUUCCAAAACUACUAAGUUAUUAUAUUCCUUUAAUUUCUUAUAAACAUAAAUUUAAGGUUUUUUAAAAAUGUAUGUAUUAUUUGGUUAUCAAGAUUCUUUUGUUCAAAUUGAUUUGUCAAUGAGUCAAAUAGUAAAUAAUUUAUAAAAUGUAUCAUAAUUAUUAAACAUUAAAAAAUCAGGGACUCUGUUUAGACAAGUUAAUAGAACCAAAGCACAAUAUUUGUUGAAAAUAAUAAUAUAAAUAUUUGUUCAUUCAGAAAUGAAUUAAAUAAUUUGUAUCCUGUUACAAUUUAAUUGAUAGUACAGUGAUUAUGAAAUCAAUGUAUUAUAUAAACAAAUAACAUGGUCUCUUACAACCUCCCUGAUGGAUAUGCCGUAGUCAUAGAUAAAGAAUUGAUUGAUUCAUCCAUAUCUGAAUUUCAAGAUGAUAUAAUUUAAUUGUUCUCAAUAUCUUGAAAUUUAAAAGUAGACUAAAAGUGUUUUUAUGCAUAUUUAAUUUUAUUAUGUAUGAAUAAUUAAACAUAUCAAGUUGUUUUCCUGUAAUAGAAAUGUAUAAUAUGGCUGUAUGGUAUACUUAUUAGAAUAUUUUUAUCUGUUUAUCAUGUAACAAUUUUGUAACAGCUGUCUAAGCCAAGAACCAUUUACGAAAAAGAUUUGAAUCGACUAAAUGCAACCAACACAUCACUUAUCAUUACCUGCAAUAUAUCAGCUCGUUUAGUUAAGUUUGUCUUUUAAGUGAUCCUCAUGAUAAGUUAAUGUUAGAAAACUCUAUUUAGAAAUAUUUUUAAAACGUAAAUGAUGAUGAAUGUAUUAGUUGAUUUCAUAAAACAUUUUGUUGUAUACAGAAUUUAUUUGUAGCUAGGUAGUGUGGUCUGAAAUUUUUGUCUGAAUUCUAAAGUUGUACGAACAAUCGUUGAUGUAAUUUUAUUCUUAUUUAAAAUUUCUAUUUAAAAAAUUUCUUCAAAUAAUAUACAGCUAAUAAUAUAUUUUCUUCUCUCAACAUUUUUUGCAAGGGGUAUUAAAAACAAAUUCCAUAAUCAUACUUUGAAUUACUUUUAAAACUCCUUUUAAUUUAAUUUUAUCACACUCUUUAAAAUGUAUUCAAAUUAUUUAUAAACUCCAAUUUCUAACAAAAUAUAUAACACAAUUUUUGCUUCCAAUCACAAGAUCUUGGGUUUUGAACUUUUUAACAAAACCGUGUUUAGCAUAUAUUAAAAAAGAUUCAUAAAUUGUGUAUUAAUAACUGUGUUCAAAGUCAGAUCUUUUGCAUGUUAAAUAAUGUAAGACCAAAGCGAAGUAAAUUGUCCAUAUCAGUACCUAGUUACAAAGUGUUCUGAAUGAAGUUACAAGAUGAACGUGCCUCAAGAGAUAAACCCUGUUCUGUGUUACCACUUUCUUCUUAUUCGACAUAGAACCAGUCGGGAGGAGGCUUCCAUUGUUUAUUACUUACGUUGGUUUAUAACAUACACAGAUUUUAUUUAAUGUUUAUAUUUGAGUAAAAGAUUUUUAUUUUGUUAAGGCUUUUUAAGUGUUACCAUAUGAAAAAGACAAUGGACUUUUUUACCUUAAGUCAAUCAAGUAGCAGAUUUUUCAACGUAAAUGUUGACUUUAAUUACUUCAGUAAGAUAUUUGUAAUUUUUAUCAUAGUUUGAAAUUAGCUUUUUUAAAUUUUAUCUAGACUCUUAGGCCACAUGUAUACUGCAGUCACAGUGCGUAGGUAUUUUCUAUUAUUGUCCUCAAUUUUUUAAAUAUUGCUUUUUAAUCUAUGUACAUUUAAUUACAUAUUGUAGUGGAUAAUUUUCUUGCCAGUAAAAGUGGUAAAUUGUUUUUAUAUAAAAAUGUCUUGUGUUUCAUUUAAUUUUCGAUACAAUUUUUUUUACUUGUUGAGAUGUAUUUGGCAGACACAGUGACGUUUUACUUUCUUGUUGAUUUGUUUAAAAAUGUUGAAGUUACUUUUUAAUGAUUUUGAAUGGAUUGUUUAUAUUGCUUAUUGUGUUAAAUGCAAGAAGUGAUCUACCUGUCAACUCCAAUCCAGUAAUUUAACAUUCUUCAGGAUUUGAUCUACAUACAACUAACAAACUCAUCAGAAUGAAUUAGUUCAAUAAUACUGUUACUCUAUGUAAACUAGUUUUCCCCCUUCUUGGCUGUUCACGCUUCAGUAACGUAGUAAAGCUUGUUCAAGUGAGUUUGGAGUGUUGUUGUCGACCGACAUUGCCUCGUCAACUCUCAUCACACCAUUACUGUACUUUACUUCAUUCUCACUGGUGUCAUAGGUUGUUACACUGUUGUUGUUUAGUUUUAAACUCCCGUGAGUACUUUAAAUGUUGUUGCAAUUGUUACGAUGCAUGUUUUAUGUGUAUAUUAUUUAUGUCUCAAUUGUUGCUUAUAAAAAUGAGAAUCACUUAGAUAAAUAAUUAAUAGGAAUUAGAUUAACACACUGAUGGGAAAAGAUAAUAUCUUGUGUAAAUAACCAAAACCUAGAAGUAUGUUUAGUUGAGCACAUGGCUAUAGAUAUUUUUUACUUGUUAGAUCAACUUUUAUAAUUUAUACAUCAUUGAGUCAUUUAUAGAUGUUCUGUAAAAUAUUUGUAUGUUUACAAUUAAUUUUAACUUCAUAAUCAAAAUAUAGAAAACGAAAUAGGUACUUUAUAUAUUAUGUUUUUUUGCAGUUUUAAAGUAUAUGUAUUUAAUGUUUGACAUUUUAAAUUUAGUUUACUGUAAUUCUUAUUGGAAUAUAUAAAAAAAACUGUCAAUAAUUUAUUUUGUUACAUUUAGACUUAAUGCUGUAAAUCCAAUUAAAUGUAUUUUUUCUCGCUCUACAUAUUAUACAUAUAUAUAUAUUCCCAAACAUAUACAUACUUACAAGAUCUAUAAGAGUAGAACCUAGAUUCUAAACUAGUAGAAAUAUCUUGUCUAGCUUUAUUAAUUCUGUAGACAUUUUAUACAAAUAAAUUUUAUCACACUAUAUGUUAGCUAUUGUACAUAAGCAAAUAUGGUUGUGUGUUUGUAUUUAAGUGUUCUGCAUGAUCUAAUAUAUUGUACUGUUCAAGUUUUUUUUUAACUUGCACUUAUUUCUUUAACAUACUUUUCGCCAAAACAAAGUAAAUUGCGAAUUAAGAGAU